AUGCCUUACAUUGACCCUACACCACCUCAAGACGAUUCAUCGUCCAAUCAGCCUUCUGACGCGGAUCCCUCAUCCCGCUCUGAAUCCCCUGCUGAGGAUCUUCCAAAGACCCCAGACUCGACCCACUGUGAUGGCCCUGAGCCGGUCGUGACCGAUCUACAAAAUCUCAAACAAGAUGAUGCUCAAAUUGUCGCUGACAGUAUCGCUAACCUCUUUGUUGAUGCGGUCGCAUCCCGGCUGGCAAAGUUGAAGAGCCUUGAGGAGCAUGCCAAAGAAGCAGCCGAGAAUCAAGAAGAGACUAAAGAAGAAGAGACCAAGGAAGAAGAGACCAAGGAAGAAGAGACUAAGGAAGAAGAGGCUAAGGCUGAUGAAGAGAAGUCAGAAGCAAAAGAAGAACCAGAGCUGAAAUGGACAGACCUUCUUGUGGAUGAAGAUCAAGAUUUCGAAUUGGUAGACGAUAAAUCGCCCUCGCAGAUCGAAUGGUCAAGACGGAAGCGAGAAGAAGGCCAGAAGAACGAACACAUGGAUCGUAUUAUGGCCAUGGUCGGUCACGAACAGGUCAAGGCUUACUUCCUAUCUGUCCUGGAUAAAAUCAGCAUAUCGAAGCGUUGGGGCAAAAGCAUGGAUGACUGGUCCUUCGACCUUGUGCUUCACGGUAACGAUGGCACUGGAAAAAGAAGAAUCGCACAGCUAUAUGCAGAGUUUCUGCAUAGUGUUGGCGUGGUACCCAAUCGCAAGUUUGCCAUCAAUGACGGCCAUUGGGCAUCAGAUGAGGAUGCAGAGGCUUCAGUUAUCUUUUUCUGCGCAGCCGACGGUAUCGACCGAAACUCUGAGGUAGAGAGGAUCUUGGAAGUUUCCGAAAAGUCCGAAACCCGCGAAUCCCGUACUGUGGUUAUGCUUUCGUACAAGACCUUCAGCUCUUCCUCACGAAACGUAUUAGAUGUUUCCGAAGUCUCCCGACGCCGCUUCUCAAAUCGCCUCACCCUUGAGAACUACAAAGAGAAGGAUAUACUCCAGCUGCUGAGGCUUUUGUGCAAAAAGCCCGAAUACAAGCUCCAGUCUGACAACGUGCUCGAAUUUCUGGCACGACAAAUACAGAAAAAGCACGCCGGAAAGGAUAAAUUCAGGAAUGCCCACAAGAUUAAGGAUGAGCUCGAAAAGGUCUGGAAGAAAAGUCAAACUCGAGCAGACGAAGAGUGGUACAGCUGGGCAAAGACGCACUCUCCUGAAGACGGUCUGGAAUUCUCGAAACAGGAUGGAAUCACUCUUGAUGAUAUUCUGGGACCGGCACCCGAGAACGUCAGAAGCAAGAGUGAAGCUUGGAAGAAGCUCGAGAACAUGAUCGGACUGGAAGAAGUCAAGGAAAACCUGGGGCGUAUCUUCGACAUGGCUGAGUUCAACAGCCAACAGGAGCGACAUGGACGUCAACCUCUGGAUGCAAGCUACAAUCUCUGUUUUCUUGGAAACCCUGGAGUCGGCAAAACCACCGUUGCGGAGCUUUACUCCCAGAUUCUCAGCGAACUGGGUAUCGUGUCUCGUGGGCAUAUCGUAUCCAAACAGGCUUCUGACUUGUUAGGUGAAUACAUCGGACAUUCGGAGGCCAACACCACCAGAGCUCUUGAAGAAGCGAAAGGUGGUGUUUUGGUCAUUGAUGACGCUCACCUACUCUACCAAGAGAGUUGCAAAGGCAAAGGGUCCUCAGAUUCGUUCCGAAAUGGUAUCAUCGAUACACUGGUUGCCAAGAUCUCUGGCGGCGCAAGCGAGGAUCGCUGUGUUAUCCUGUGUGGUUACACGGACAGGAUGCAGAAGAUGUUUCUCAACACCAACCCGGGCCUGCAGAGGCGGUUCCCAGUCGAGAGUUGCCUCAAGUUUGAGAACUACGACGACGAACAACUCCAACAGAUUCUGAGACUGAAAAUGAAACGAGAUGAGCUCACCGCGACGCACGAAGCAAGCGAGGUCGCUCGUGAGGUGCUGAACAGGUCCAGGAGAAGGCCUAACUUCGGAAACGGCGGCGACGUUGAAACUCUCUUGUCCCGAGCAAAGACCCGCCGAAUCACACGAUUAAGGAACGCAAAAUGUCCCUUCUUGGAAUUCCAGGACCGGCCUUUGGAGCCUGAAGAUUUCGAUCCUGAUUUCGACAGGGCCUCAAGGGCGGAUAAGCACCGCAAUGCUUUGUUCCAAGACUUUGUAGGGUUUGAUAAUGUCACUGGAAAGUUCCAAGAAUAUCAGAAGAUGGCAAUUGGAAUGCGGCGCUGUGGGAUCGAUCCCAAGUUAUACAUUCCUUGGGCAUUUGUCUUCAGCGGACCUCCAGGAACCGGCAAGACUUCAACAGCCAGAAAGGUUGGCAAGCUCUUCUACGACAUGGGCUUCAUCUCAUCAGAUGAGGUCGUGACAUGUUCUGUCACAGAUCUCAUUGGCCAGUAUAUAGGAAGCACAGGUCCCAAGGUCAUCAGCCAAUUUGAACAGGGCCUCGGCAAGGUUCUUUUCAUUGACGAAGCUUACCGCUUGGUGGGAGACUCUUACCACAAGGAUGCCAUCGGAGAAAUUGUCGAUACCAUGACCAACCCACGCUUCGCUCGCAAUAUGGUUGUCAUCUUGGCAGGAUACGGAGACGAGAUGGAAACUCUCUUGAGCACCAACCCAGGCUUACGAAGCAGAUUUCCGACAAUCAUUGAGUUUCCUCACAUGGCACCUGAAGAUUGUUUGUGCCUUCUUUCAAGGCUACUUGCGAAACUCAACAUUCACCUUUCGUCUUCGGUAACUGAGUCGGGUUCGGCCCACAAUACCAUCAUUGGCAUAUUGCGGGCACUUACUGGCACCAAGGGAUGGGCCAGUGGACGUGAUAUUGAAAAUCUUAGCAGGACUAUUACUGAGCGUGUGUUUACAAAGGUAGGUGAUUUUGAGGAGGUUGGUGAGCCUGGGGCGCUCGAGAUUUCUUUUGAUGAACUCGUCGACUGCUUGGAAGCAAUGCUUAAGCAAAAGGGAGGUCGGUAUCUGGAAGAAGUGUCCUAG